AUGGCACCGAUCGUUUUGUACAGUACGCGCCGUACACCGGCCGGCAGAGCCGUAGAACUGACGGCAAAAAUGAUCGGGAUAGAUCUGGAUGUGCAGUACAUCGAUCUGACCAAGAAGGAACAGCUGACGCCCGAAUUCCUCAAGAUGAAUCCGAUGCACACGGUACCCACCGUCAAUGAUAACGGUGUCCCACUGUACGACAGUCACGCCAUCAUUAUCUAUCUUGUGUCGAAGUACGCGAAAGAUGAUAGCCUCUAUCCGACGAAGGAUUUGGUCAAACAGGCCAACAUCAAUGCGCUGUUGCACUUCGAAUCGGGCGUCCUCUUCGCUCGUUUGCGGUGGAUUCUGGAGCCGGUAUUUUACUGGGGGCAGACGGAGGUAGCGCAGGAGAAGAUCGACUCAGUGCUGAAGGCGUAUGAGCUGCUGGAAGCAACACUUAAAACUGCCGGUACGGAUUAUCUGGUCGGUAGUGCUAUCACACUGGCGGACAUUUCCGUCAGUACUUCGCUCAGCACGCUCAACGCACUGUUCCCGGCCGAUGCCACCAAAUAUCCGACCGUUGUGGCCUACCUGAAGCGUCUCGAGCAAACUAUGCCGAACUACAAGGAGAUUAACACCGAUCGUGCUAAUGAAGCACUGCAGCUGUACAAUCAGAAACUCGGCAAAGUCUAA